AGACACACACCAGUGGCGACAGGGGAGAGUUGGAAAGACGCAGGAGGCAGCAGGGAGGGAGCAAUGGGAGCGGGAAGCAGGCAAGUUCCCUGGCAAAUCCCCCUUCGGCCCCACGUCGUCUCGCCAGCCCCGGCAGGGGAGGAAGGAGCCGGGCUAGCAGAUGGAGGAGAGUGGAGCUCGCUCUAGGCAGCGGGCUUGGCCGGAGAAUGGAGGAGCCGCCAAGCGACCGGCUGAUUGGAAGAGAAACGCAGCGCGAUGGAGGCGGGGGUAGGAGGACGAUUUCUCUGCGGGGACUGGCGGCGGCGUACACGCCCGGGUCGGGCGCUGCAGAGCUUGGCUAGCUUUCAAACCGCGCUCGCCGGCUCCAGCCCCGCGCGCCCCCACCCCAGCCCUCCCGGCGGCUCGGCAGGGUGAGGUGGCCUUGACCCCGGCGUACCCUGCCAGCACAACCCAGGAGGUGGCUGGACGGCUAGAGAAUGAACGGAGAAGCCGAUUGCCCCACAGACCUGGAAAUGGCCGCCCCCAAAGGCCAAGACCUCUGGUCCCAGGAAGAUAUGCUGACGCUGCUUGAAUGCAUGAAGAAUAACCUUCCAUCCAAUGACAGCUCCAAGUUCAAAACCACUGAGUCACACAUGGACUGGGAAAAAGUUGCAUUUAAAGACUUUUCUGGAGACAUGUGCAAGCUCAAAUGGGUGGAAAUUUCAAAUGAGGUAAGGAAGUUCCGCACAUUGACAGAAUUGAUCCUUGAUGCCCAGGAACAUGUUAAAAAUCCUUACAAGGGCAAAAAGCUCAAGAAACACCCAGACUUCCCAAAGAAACCCCUGACACCUUAUUUCCGCUUUUUCAUGGAGAAGCGGGCUAAGUAUGCAAAACUCCACCCGGAGAUGAGCAACCUGGACCUGACCAAGAUUCUGUCCAAGAAAUACAAGGAGCUUCCUGAGAAGAAGAAGAUGAAAUAUAUUCAGGACUUCCAGAGGGAGAAACAGGAGUUCGAGCGAAACCUGGCCCGAUUCAGGGAGGAUCACCCUGACCUAAUACAGAAUGCCAAGAAGUCGGACAUCCCUGAGAAGCCCAAAACCCCACAGCAGCUGUGGUAUACCCAUGAGAAGAAGGUGUACCUCAAAGUGCGGCCAGAUGCCACUACGAAGGAGGUGAAGGACUCCCUGGGGAAGCAGUGGUCUCAGCUCUCGGACAAAAAGAGGCUGAAAUGGAUUCAUAAGGCCCUGGAGCAGCGGAAGGAGUACGAGGAGAUUAUGCGUGACUACAUCCAGAAGCACCCCGAGCUGAACAUCAGCGAGGAGGGCAUCACCAAGUCCACCCUCACCAAGGCUGAACGCCAGCUCAAAGACAAGUUUGAUGGGCGACCCACCAAGCCACCUCCGAACAGCUACUCGCUGUACUGUGCAGAGUUGAUGGCCAACAUGAAAGAUGUGCCCAGCACGGAGCGCAUGGUGUUGUGCAGCCAGCAGUGGAAGCUGCUCUCUCAGAAGGAGAAGGAUGCCUACCACAAGAAGUGUGACCAGAAAAAGAAAGACUACGAGGUGGAGCUGCUCCGUUUUCUAGAGAGCCUGCCAGAAGAGGAGCAGCAGCGAGUCCUGGGAGAGGAGAAGAUGUUGAACAUCAACAAGAAACAAGCCACCAGCCCGGCUUCCAAGAAGCCCUCCCAGGAAGGGGGCAAGGGCGGCUCAGAGAAGCCCAAGCGGCCCGUGUCAGCCAUGUUCAUCUUUUCGGAGGAAAAGCGGAGGCAGCUGCAGGAAGAACGGCCUGAGCUCUCUGAGAGUGAGCUGACCCGUUUGCUGGCCCGCAUGUGGAAUGACCUGUCGGAGAAGAAGAAGGCCAAGUACAAGGCUCGUGAGGCGGCCUUGAAGGCCCAGUCAGAGAGGAAGCCAGGCGGGGAGCGAGAGGAAAGGGGCAAGCUGCCCGAGUCGCCCAAGAGGGCAGAGGAGAUCUGGCAGCAGAGUGUUAUUGGCGACUACCUGGCCCGUUUCAAGAAUGACCGAGUGAAGGCCUUGAAGGCCAUGGAGAUGACCUGGAACAGUAUGGAGAAGAAGGAGAAACUCAUGUGGAUUAAGAAAGCAGCCGAAGACCAAAAGAGAUACGAGAGAGAGCUGAGUGAGAUGCGGGCUCCUCCGGCUGCUGCAAACUCAUCCAAGAAGAUGAAGUUCCAGGGAGAACCAAAGAAACCUCCCAUGAACGGUUACCAGAAGUUCUCCCAGGAACUGCUGUCCAAUGGGGAGCUGAAUCACCUGCCACUGAAGGAACGCAUGGUGGAGAUCGGUAGCCGCUGGCAGCGCAUCUCCCAAAGCCAAAAGGAGCACUACAAGAAGCUGGCUGAGGAACAGCAGAAGCAGUACAAGGUUCACCUGGAUCUCUGGGUCAAGAGCCUGUCUCCUCAGGACCGCGCAGCCUACAAAGAAUAUAUCUCCAGUAAACGUAAGAGCAUGACCAAGCUACGAGGCCCAAACCCAAAGUCCAGCCGGACUACCCUGCAAUCCAAGUCGGAGUCUGAAGAGGAUGACGAUGAUGAUGACGAUGACGACGAUGAGGAUGAAGAAGAGGAGGAUGAUGAGAACGGGGACUCCUCCGAUGAUGGCGGGGACUCCUCUGAGUCGAGCAGUGAGGAUGAAAGCGAGGAUGGGGAUGAGAAUGAGGAAGACGAUGAGGAUGAAGACGAUGACGAGGAGGACGAUGAGGAUGAGGACAAUGACUCUGAGGGCAGCAGCUCCAGCUCCUCGUCCUCUGGGGACUCCUCGGACUCUGAUUCCAACUGAGAGUGGGCCCUGUCCCAGGGCCACCAGGGAGAGUAGGAGCCUCUCGUGAGAGCCCAGGGGCUCCCCUCCCCAACUGACCACCUUUGUUUCUCCCCCAUGUUCUGCUCCCUGUUCCCAACCUCUCCCACUUUUUCUUUUCUUUUCUUUUUUUUUUAAAAACAAAAACAAAAUAUGGUGGGGAGAUGGGGGCUGUCGGCUCUCAGGCCAGGACUCUGCAGCCUCAGAGACAUCAGCCCUGGGGCCUCCAGGGAGAGCAACAUCAGACUGAGCCAGCCCUGGAUGGUCACCCACCCUGCUGCAGAGCCCACUGCACUUGUGGUUCUCGCAUGGACAAUGGACCUGGGGGU